GCCUGGCAGGGUCAGUCCCCUACCAGAGCCCUGGAGCAUGGCUGUGUGGGGCCUGGGAGGUCGCCUUGGCUUGCGCGGGUGCCUCUGCGCCCGCAAGCUAUUGUGUCCCCGUUUCCAGAGCCGCGGCCCCCAGGGCGUGGAAGACGGGGACAGGCCACAGCCUUCCUCGAAGACACCCAAGCUCCCCAAGAUCUACACCAAAACAGGAGACAAAGGGUUUUCCAGCACCUUCACUGGAGAAAGGAGACCGAAAGACGACCAGGUGUUUGAAGCCGUGGGAACUACAGAUGAAUUAAGUUCAGCCAUUGGGUUUGCUAUGGAAUUAAUUGCAGAAAAGGGCCACCCGUUUGUGGAAGAGCUUCAGAAAAUCCAGUGCUCCCUGCAGGAUGUCGGCUCUGCCCUGGCAACACCGCGCUCCUCAGCCAGGGAGGCUCACUUAAGACAUGCCACGUUCGAGGCAGGGCCCAUCUCGGAGCUGGAGCAGUGGAUCGACAGAUACUCCAGCCAGCUGCCCCCGCUCACGGCUUUCAUCCUGCCUUCCGGAGGCAAGAGCAGUGCCGCACUGCAUUUCUGUCGGGCCGUGUGCCGCCGAGCUGAGAGACGCGUGGUGCCUCUUGUCCAGUCCGGUGAGACGGAUGCAAACGUGGCCAAGUUCUUAAACAGACUCAGUGACUAUCUCUUCACAUUAGCCAGAUACACAGCCAUGAAGGAGGGGAAUCCAGAAAAAAUAUACAAGAAAAAUGACUUGUCGGACCGUGUCUGAGGCACGUGGAAAUAAUGGAAAAAGGGAGCUUUGCAGACUCCUCCACAGUGACAACAGGAAAGGAAGACUUUGCCCUCAUGUCCUGAUUCCUGAAGAUCUCACCCAGAGGGGCCAGAAGCUGGUCUUUUGUCCAGGCUCAGCUUCCUUUCAGGGCCCCGCCACUUCCUUCAGGAGCUGAGGCCGGUGGAGAAUCCUGCCCCCUCCCCUGGGCUCUCCUCAGCCUUCCAGGAGGUGGGAAUAAACGCAGUGUUGCAGGAAAGAAAGAUAAAGUGAUUGCUUCAUUGAGGAGCCAUGAAGAAAAAAGAAUAAAAGUGGGAAAGGCUUGGGGGGGGGUGGUGUGUGGUGUGUGUGUGUGGGUGUGUGUGUGUGUGUGUGUGUGUGUGGGUGGGUGGGUGUUGCCCUCCACUGGCAGCUCUGGCUGUCCAAGGAUUUGGAAUGGUACCAGAGGCCCUUGGAAAUGUAACUGUGAUUUACCUGUGCCAAAGGGGCUUUAAAAUGUCACAUUUAUAAAGAGGAAGGCAGACAGGAUUUGGAGUUUAGUCACCUCUGAGCCACUCAUCAAGGGGGAAGGACGGCUGCAGACUGACAGGCGAGGCCUCAGAAACACUUGGACUGAAGUGCGUGUGUGGCGAGGGAGCAGCCCGGAGAAUAAUCUCUAAAGGGGAGCCUUCCUCCAUCAAGGGACGGACACCCCGGGGAGAGGAACACCACCACUUUAAGGAGGGCACGUCCUGCCCAGGCAGGUGGCGUCCAGGGUCAGAGGUGAACUGCGUUCAGCUUCAGACUAUAAGCUCUUAGGUUUCCAGCGAGGCUGACGCAGACCAGACCGACUUCUUUGAUGUUGCACUUGGCUGGUUUAUGCCUCUGAGAUCCAGGCCACAGCUGUAUUUUAUUUCAGUUGUCACUGCUGCUCCCUCCCGCUAUGAAGUGACCUUGCCAGUGCCAGCUGUGUCCUUGGGAAGGGGGAUAUUUGUAAAGGGCGAGGAGGCAGCCCUGAGAACCUGAAGAUUCCACGCCACUAAUUGCAGGAAACAACUUGGGAAGGGCAGGGUCUCACUAACUGUCAGGGCAGAAACGCCCAGUGAACUCCAUCCAGCCAUCAUUUAUUAGCCUGAAGCUCGGAAGGCUGGUCCUUCCAGCCAUCCUUGCCAGCAGUUAGGAAACAUUAAAAUGAUGAGUUUUGUGCUUGCUUUUGCUUUCGUUCUUAACCACCUUACCUGCUCAUUUUGCUGGAGGAACAUCAUAUCUCGUCCCUUCUGGGUCCUUUCGUUCCUGGACUUGGGCAAAGUGGCCGAGGUGCAGGUGACCGUGAGUGAAAGUGAAAACCCUCCAGGAAGUGGCCCCGGCCAGCAGUUGGUGCCAGGUCUGGUGCGUGGUGGGCGCUCGGCCUGUGUGAACAGAACUGAGAACAUUACAGAACAGGCUAAAGGCGGUUCACUGUCGGGCAGGCAGUCAGGCUGGACCGGGGAGGGUUAUGUUCCAAGAGCUCACAGCAGAUCCAUCAAGUGACUAGAUCCUGCCCACAGCUUAGCAUCUUCCCGGAAGGAGCCGGACCUACAUAAUAAAACAACAGUCCCACACUCCCCACCGUAGUGAAACAUCUGCAAAGGACAAGAGAAGUUCUUUGAGUAGAUACAGCGUCCUCACAGGAUGAUCUCUGAAACAAGGCCUUUUCCUGUAGCCAAAUCCCCUCCCCACCAGCCCUUGCUGGGAGGGACUGUUGCAGGCCAGAUGGUAACUCUGGGUUCCCAGGCCCCGCGCCCCCUGCAUCGUCCCUUCCACCAGCAAACAUCCCUGAGAAACAAACACCCCUGAGAAACGUGCAGGUGCAGGCAUGUCCUGUGCCACUGACCUGGGAAGAACUGAGGAGGCCUGCUGGGGAGGGGGGUCGCCCAGGGGACGGGUCAGUUUGAAACUUUGGCUCCUCUGCUGUGCCUUACAUAGCCAUGUGGGAGCUGGAAGCAAAAGGAAAAAUGUGUUCACCCCGCACACUUAUCAAAACAUCCUCCCCGGUCUCGAACCCAGUGGGAAAAGUUAAUGAAAGCUCCGUGAUCGAAACACAUGACUAUACAUAAAGCCCGUUUGCAACCACUGUCAACCCUCGUGAAUGGCUGUCCGCGUCACACAGCAACGCAGGUCGGGAGAGAAAUGGCAGGCUGUUUUUAUGUAUAAUGGUGAUACCUUGUCGAUCAUAGAUUUUGUUUUUGCAUAAAUUUGAUUUUUAAAGAUAUCCCGGUGAGGGACUUCCCUGGUGGUCCAGUGGUUAAGACUUCACCUUCCGAUGCGGGGGGUGUGGGUUCGAUCCCUGGUCAGGGAGCUAAGGUCCCACAUACCUUGUGGCCAAAAAAACCAAAAACAUAAAACAAGCAAUACUGUAACAAAUUCAAUAAAGAUUUUAAAAAUGGUCCACGUCAAAAAAAAAAAAAUCCUAAAAAAAAUACUGCAGUGGA